UGGAUUCUCAAAAAAAGAAGGAAGGAAAGAGAAGUCCUCUCCUGUCUUAACCAACAAAGCACGAGACUCGCUCAAAACAAUGAGCUUUGCCACUAAGAAACAAAAAAUUAGCCUCUAAUUUAUAAGUUUGACCUAAAUAAGUGCUAAAAAACAGAUGUUAUCUUCCGAGAACAGCUCAACCAAACCCCUACAUAUACCCUCCACAAUGCCAUCAAUAUUUCUCAGGCUGCAAACUCCAUACCAAAUUAAGGCAGGUUCGGCAAAGUUUUUUUUGCCGUUUAUUCGAGUUUAUUUUGCCGUUCACUGCCUAAAGAAAAAAGAAAUGGAAAUGAAGAAGAUUGCCUGUGCUAUCUUAUUCGCUGCUGCCUCCGUGAGUGCAGUCAUGGCUGAUGAGGUUGCUGCUCCUGCCCCAUCACCAACAAGUGGUGCCUCAGUUAGCUUGCCAGUAGUUGGUUCAUUGGUCGGUGCCUCCCUUGCUUCACUCGUUGCAUUGUACUUGCAAUAAACUGCUCAGCACUCAAACCACAAAGGAAGAUCGAGAGGGGGGGAAAGGAAGGAGUUAAUUUUGAUCAAGAUGGAGGAGAAUAAAAAAAAUGUACCAAGAUGUACUUCUAGCUGAUUUAUUUAGUUAGAAUUCCUUUUUCCAUGCAAAGAAUUGGGGUUGGUCUAUUCUCUUUCUGAUUGGCUUGAUUCUUAUUUGAUCAUAUGUUAUAAAGGCAAUAAAUAACCUCUUGUUGGAGGCUUAUUAUUAA